GGCAGAGCUACCAAAUGAUAUGUGAAAGGUACCCUUCAUUUCGUGAAAGAUCAGAAAAUGUAGAUCUUGUUGUUGAAAUUUCUCUACAGCCAUGGAAAGUUUUCAAGCCCGAUGGGAAGAUGACGCAAAACCUAUCAUGCCUACUCUAAGUUGCGUGCUUGAAGAUAAGAUUGGGCGAAAAAAGGUCAUAUUGUUCUCAGACAUAUUAACCCCCUUGCCAGGUAUGAACAUUCCAUUUGACAUUCUCAAAGGAAAAGGUCCAGUUAUACAUGAUCCACUAAGAACAGCUAAUGAUGUUGCUGGAGUAACGGAGUUUGUUCCAGAAGAAUCAGUUCCCUAUGUAGGCGAGGCAUUGUCAAUAUUAAGGGAGGAGGUAAAAAGCGAAGCUGCUGUAUUAGGCUUUGUUGGGGCUCCUUUCACUUUGGCUUCUUAUGUCGUAGAAGGCGGUUCAUCUAAGCAUUUCUCAAAAAUAAAGAACUUGGCCUUCUCUCAACCCAAGGUUCUACAUGCGUUACUUCAGAAAUUCACCGACUCCAUGUCAAGGUACAUCAAGUACCAAGCUGACAAUGGAGCUCAAGCUGUUCAGAUAUUUGAUUCCUGGGCAACUGAGUUGAGUCCAGUAGACUUCGAAGAAUUUAGCCUGCCUUACUUGAAGGAAAUAGUAUCCUCAGUUAAGAAGACACAUCCACAUCUUCCAUUGAUCCUAUAUGCAAGUGGAUCUGGAGGAUUGCUUGAGAGGCUCCGCCUUACCGGCGUCGAUGUUGUUAGCUUGGACUGGACGGUCGACAUGUGGGAAGGCCGUCGGCGAUUGGGUUUGGAUGUAGCAGUGCAAGGAAACAUAGACCCAGGUGUUCUUUUUGGAUCAAAAGAGUUCAUAACAAAAAGGAUUCAUGACACCAUCAAAAAAGCUGGUAGUGAUAAGCAUAUCUUGAAUCUAGGACAUGGCAUUGUUGUAGGAACACCAGAAGAAAAUGUUGCACACUUCUUCGAAGUUGCGAAGGGCAUCAGGUACAGCAAUUUAUCUUCUUGAUUCAACUAUUUACUU